GUGACUAUGUGCUGUCUCAAACUCCUGGCGGCAAGGAGACGCAGAAGCGAUUUCCAGCCCAGUUCAGCAACUACCCCGGAAAGCCAGCCUUUUUUGAUGUCUACAGUCCGGCGAUCCGAAGCUUAUACUCCCAAGUCUUCUGGAAGGCACUCCCGCCAGUGGAUCUGCCGAAAGAGAUCGUGCAGCGAUUUGACGGUAAAGGCAUGGCCAUCGUAGGUUUCGAGGUCGACCAGGUGCGGAGAACCGAAGCCGGGGAUGUCUCUGUGCCCAUUUCCGUGGCUUACAACCACCACUUCGAGAGCACCAUCAUCGGAAAGCGUGCCGCCUUCGAGCACGCGUUGAUCCAGGGUCCUGGAGAUCCGCGCAUUCCUGAAAAGCACGGGCACGGAGCAGGCACUGCAUGGAAGCCAGGGCAGCAUGAGUGGGUCGUGCGGGAGAAGGGGCCCGGGGAGCUUCCUGCGAGCCAGAGCAUUGGCGGCGCCAAUGGCGGCGAGUAUCGCAAGAGCUUCCAUGGCUAUGCACCGGGCUUCGCGCAGGUAGUUGAGUCUCCGACUCAGAUCCAGAUUACGCCGAUGCAGAUUGACACGUGGAACAGGGACAAGAUGAACAUCUCUCACCCGACGCGCUUCGUGUCGGGACCUGUGCCCAGGAGCUCCCUGGCACCGAUCUCCGGACCCGACGCCCUCUAUUCCGGGUUGCUGGAGUGUCCUGUGACAUCUCGCAUUCAGAAGCAUGUGCCCGGUGAGGCGAUCGUCCGCUUGCAAGGGGGGCCGUGCUCAAGCCCACCAGAGUCAGGCGAUGAGUGCCUGGCCCUUGCUCGGUCGGCGCUUUUUGGGCAGCACCGGCGCUUCGUGCUGGAGCCGGCUCCGGCUGGCACCAUAGGUUGCACUGCCAUGGCCGACAGCCGUGAGAUGGACCUGGUCCGUGUCCACUUCAAGGCGAAUCACAGUGGGCGCUCCACGCUGAAGUUGCACCAGGACCCCCGGCUCCGCGGGACAGCUGACGCUGCCUGUGCCGCUGAUGCCAAGAAGUUUGUUGGAGCGAGCAGCCCUCUGGUGAAUGUGUCGGUGUCACUGGACCUGACCCUUGAGCAAGCGCGCAUAUAUCUGACAGGCCCUGCCUCCGUUUGGUUUGGUGUAGGCUUCAACGCGGUGGGCAUGGCUGACUCGCCUUGGGCGCUCAUCGUCGAUGGGUCGGGCGCUGUCACAGAGCGGAAGCUGGGACAUCACCAGGCCGGCCGGCUGCUGAAGCCGUCGGUUUCCAUUCAGGAGACGAAGGUCCAAGGAGACCUUAGGUCCCUGACGCUGACGAGACCCUUGAAGGGAGCUUCCUCGGAUUACUACACCUUCACCCCCUUCACGGAUGGGAGUGGCGAGCUCAAUUUCAUCAGUGCGGUUGGCAAUACUCCAAACCUGUCAUACCACAGUCAGCGCAGUCCUGGUCAGCUGACCUUUCUUCCGGUGGAUGUGAAUGGCGCUUGCAUCUGCAGAGGAAAGCCUAUUCCGUUUGGUCAGGGCACAGGCUCUAUGGAGUACCACCCCACCGGCCAACCGGAGGACCAGGGCUCUGGGAGCGUGGGCUUCAACAACCACUGCCCCGAACAACCCAGGAGUGACCUCUUGGCCAUGCGGAAUCCCACUUGUGACCUUCGCAACUACUCGGGUGGUCAGCUGGCAUGCCACCACAUGUGGUCCCUCCUGGAUGCCGAUCAACCCAUUCCAUGGCCGGAUCGGCCCCUUGAGUACACCUUGAAGUUCCGCUUCUGGGUCGAGGAAUACAACAGGUCUUAUCACACAGCCUUGCGGCGAGUAACGUGGGGAAUUGCCUCGCCCGUCGAGUACGACGUGCCCAAGUGCUCAGAAUCUGUGAUGGGCUGCUCCCGCGAAAGCGAUGGGAGCUGGAUUCACACUAUCAAAGGCACUUUCACUGGCGAGGGCGCGCUGUCAGCUGCCCACUUCCACUGCCAUGCGCCGACCUGUCUCUCCAUGGCGAUGUACCGCUGCCCCAAGGGGACGAAGGUUUGCGAUCAAACAACUGGAGAGCUCCUUUGCGUGGAGCGGCCCGUCUACGGCAACUCUUCCGGCGAUCCCUUCGCUGAGCCAGGCUACAUCUUCCAACCGCCGUGCUUGUGGGGCAGCGAGGAGUUUGGCCUGCAGCCCCCUCCAAGCGUGGAAGGAUUCGUGUUGGGAACGGUGAAGACGUCCAAUGCCACGUAUGGGCAUCACGGAGAGAUGGCUUGGCAGCAGAUGUACGUCUUUGACCCGACGACAAGCAGGGACACAGAACUAGUGUGA